GUAGCUAUGUAAACCCCACGGGAGGUUGCCAGCCGUGCAGCUGCAACCAGCUGGGAACAUUAGCUGGCACAUUCUGUCAUCAAGUCACAGGCCAAUGUGAGUGCAAGCAAGGAGACUUCGGAGUCGCUGGUAAAAACUGUGACCAGUGUUUGCCGACGUUCUUUGGCUUUAAUCCACGUUUAGGCUC